AUGAGUCUGUACAUAGAGGAUGUUCCUAAGAUAGCAUUGCUGGGGUCAGGUGGAGGACAGAGGGCAGCAGUGGGCAUGCUAGGAUCACUGCAUCAGCUGGCACAGGACGACCUGCUGGGCAGCCUCCUCUACAUGUGUGGGGUGUCAGGCACCACCUGGUGCAUGUCAUCCCUGUACAGCGAUCCAGAUUGGUCGUUGAAUAAGCGCUGUGAUGAGGUGAUAGAGAAGCUGAAGGGUCCUACGGUGGACUUGAAGAAGGCUGUGGACUGGCUGAGACAGCGGAAAGUAAACGACCAGGACUUCAACCUCACUGACUUCUGGGGCGCCUCCACUGCCUCCUAUUUCAUGAAGGAGAUGGACACUCGCCAUCUCUCGGACGAUGCUCACAGGGACAGCACCAACCCCUACCCCAUCUACAGUUCCAUAGAACUGGACCGCAACAAACAGCAUUGCACUAAAGGGGUAUGGUUUGAGAUGACCCCCCACGAGAGUGGCUUCUCCGGAUUGGGCGCUUUCAUUCCCACUUCCUGUCUCAGGAGCCAGUUUGAAGGCGGGACUUUGAGAGAGAAGAGGAAGGAAAUAGACAUGGUUCUGCUGCAAGGGUACGAGAGCAUGAUGUUCAAAGAGAACAUGAAUAUGGUUGGAGAAAGCAGGAAGGUAAAGGUGUGUGAGUGUGUGCCCUCCCGAGUGGUGAAGUGUGUGUCUGAGCUGAUGGUGAAUGCUGAGGACCCAGAUCCACUGAAGACAAUGGAAGUCAUCACCACACUGGGACAACUACUGGAAGGUCAUGUGAGCAGUAAGGGCGAGAUGCUGUGGAACAUGGACUCUGAGAGGUGGAAGAGAACCAGCCUGGUGGAGAGAAAGGAGUUCAUAGAGACAGUCAGUCUGGAGCUCAUCCUCUCCUCAGACAGCUGGACAAAAGACUGGGAGGACCAGUGCUGCAUCUGCAACGGUAACGAUGAAGGGAAGCACGGGGUGACGAUGGGAAAAAGGGAGAAGUCGGUCAUGGUGUCAUCCUGGUCCUCUGAUAACUGGUGGAUUGUACGGAACAUUUUCCCUCUGGUCAUAACAUGGGAAUGGGGAACAGUGUCCAACUUCCUCUUCAAGAUCCAAGAUACUAACGUUGUGAGCAGCAUGGCAUCCAAAGAGAAGAUUCACCUGGUAGAUGCUGGGUUAAAGAUCAACUCUCCUUACCCCCCCGUCCUGCGCACAUCCAGGGAGGUCGACCUCAUCAUCUCCUUGGACUUCAGCGCGGGAGACCCCUUUGAGACGGUGUUUAGUGCCAAACAGUACGCGGAUGAGCUGAAGCUCCCCUUUCCCCCAGUGAAGGAGAGUGUGAGGAAGGAGAAAGACCAUCCUCAGGACUUCUACGUUUUUGAGGGGCGACGCCCUGAAGAGCCCACCGUCAUGCACAUGCCCCUGUUCAACCUGCGGAACUGCCAAGGCGAGGAGGAGAUUAAGACGGAGAGGGAUAAGUACACAACGUUCCAGCAGCACUACGGUGCGUCUGAGAUCGAUCACCUCCUGAAGAAGGCCAAGGACAACUUGAAGAACAACAGAGACAGGAUCCUGGAGCAGAUCUUGUUGGCUGUCAAACGCAGAAAGAAUCGCAAGUCUGUGGCUCAGUCUUUAUCUGUGGUGUAAAGUAAUACUUAAGUACUUUAUGGGAGUAUCUUUACUUUACUAUUUACGUAUGACAACUAUUGCUUCACUACAUUCCUAAAGAAAAUGAUCAAUGUUUUACUCCAUACACUUUCCCUGACACCCAAUAGUAGCCUAACUGUUUUUUGGUUACAUUUUGAAUGCUUAGCAGGACAUAAAUGUCUAAAUCACACACUUAUCAAGAGAACAUCCCCUACAUGUUCAUCCCUACUGCCUUUGAUCUGGCGGAAUGAUCAGAAGCACAUGCUGCUCAUGGGUUGCUCGUCUGUGUUCCCAACAAAUGCUGUCUUGAAUUAAAAAGUUUUGUACCUCCACACUGGAAAAACUGAAACGUCUGUGUACGCCAUCCCUAAUGCAGUCAAAAUAAAAAUUAAGUAAGUUUUAUGUGAACACCUCACA